AUGGCCGCCUCUAUCGCACUCUCUUCCGGAGCGUCUCUUCUCGCCGCCCCUCGUGUUCACAUCCAGCCAACCGUGAGGUCACGAGUCGGUCAACGGGUGGGUCCAGCGAGGGCUCUCUUCGGCGGCGGCAAGGACGGCGAUCUGAGCGCCGAUGGCUCCAAAAACGCGGGGCCGUUCGGCAACAUGGCGAAUCUGUUCGAGACGGUGCGCAAGGCUCAGCAGGUGGUGCAGGUGGAGGCCGUCAAGGUGCAGAAGGAACUCGCCGCGGCUGAGUUCGACGGCUACUGCGAAGACGAGCUCGUUAAGGUGACGCUGACUGGCAACCAGGAGCCAUGCCGGUGUGAAAUCACCGAUGCUGCUAUGGAGCUCGGAGCAGAGAAGCUGGGCGACUUGAUCACGGAGGCAUACAAGGACGCACAUCAGAAGAGUGUCACGGCGUAUUCCAACUUCAAGGAGAUCCUCAAGGCGCUGCGCAAUCCCGAAACCCAAGCCGCCACUAGAAGGUUCCUGGCGGCGCUGGAGGCGGCGAUGCCCGCGGAGCCCGCGGAGGAGGUCAUGCGCACCUUCAACUUCCGCAUCCACACGCUCGCGCUCUCCCCGCUCCCCCACACCGACCAAGACCCUGCAGGGACGUAUCGAAACGGAGCUCCCAGCGCCGCCAGUGCCAACAGCAAUGCAGCCGCAGGGGAGAACACAAGCAGCAACGGCGGCAGCAGUGCAGGGGGGGGCGUGCGGCAGACGCUGGCGCUGGUGGAGCUGCCGUCCAUCUUCAUCCCCGAGGACUGGUCUUUCACCUUCUACGAGGGCCUCACUCGCCACCCUGAUGCCGGGUUCACCGGGCGGGACGUCGCCGAGCUGGGCUGCGGCAACGGGUGGAUCUCCAUCGCCCUCGCCCACCGCUGGGCGCCCAGGAAGGUGUACGGGUUGGACAUCAACCCACGGGCGGUGCAGGUGGCGUGGAUAAACCUGUACCUGAACGCGCUGUCGCCCGUGGACGGGCUGCCAGUGAGGGACAGCGAGGGCCUCUCGCUGCUCGACCGCUGCGAGUUCCUCGAAUCCGACCUGCUGGGGACGCUCUCUCAGCGCGGGGUCACUCUCGACCGCAUCGUCGGCUGCAUUCCCCAGGUGCUGACGCCGGACCCCAAGGCAGCGUUGAAGAUAGUAUCGGAGACGAUGAGUGAGGAGUUUCUCUACUCGCUCUCCAACUACUGCAGCCUGCAGGGGUACGUCGAGGACCAGUUCGGCCUCGGCCUCAUUGCCCGCGCCGUGGAGGAGAGCAUCGCCGCCCUCAAGCCGGCGGGCGCACUGCUCAUGAACAUGGGCGGCCGCCCCGGCAUGGCCGUGUGCGAGCGCCUGUUCCGCCGCCGCGGGUUUGAGAUCUCGAAGCUGUGGCAGACGCGGGUGUUCCAGGCAGCGGACACGGACAUACAGGCGCUGGUGGAGAUAGAGAGGCAGAGCCGCCACCGCUUUGAGUUCUUCAUGGGGCUCGGCAUGGGUGCUGCUACUACUGGUGAUGAGCCUAUCAGUGCGAGGACGGCGUAUGCGUUUGCCAAGGCGGGUGGGCGCAUUGCGCAUGGGCUCACGGUGUUUGAGUGCCGCCUGCGCCAGCCCAACCACGUGAAGGAGCUGUUCCGGUGGCUGGCGCGCCCCGAGUACGCAGCCACGCGCAGUGCAGUGGACCUGGCCUUCACCUCCUCCGCCGUGGCCGACGAGAAGACGCCCUUCCUCGCCACACUGCUGCGCACGCUGCACCACGCCUCCCUCGCCCCCGCGCCCUCUGCCUCCCUGAUCCCCUCCCCCCCCGCGCUGUGCCCGUCGGACGAGCCCCCUGCGGGCACGCUGCGCUUCCGCUCCCAGGUCGCCGGCUUCCUCCGCCUCUACUUCCGUGCGCCCCUCUCCGCGCAGAACGUGGUGGUGCUGCCAACAAGGGCCACAGCAGUGGAGAACAUUCUGCGCCUCUACCUGCCGGGCCUCGCCCUCGUUGACGCCUCCCUCACCCGCCACCUCCCCCCCUCCUGGCUCGCCUCCGCCCCGCCUGAUGGCCCGCCCUCAGAUGCCGCCACUCACGCUCAGUCCACCCCGGUGGUGCUGGAGGCGCCCAGGCGUAGCGACCUGCUGCUGAAGCUGCUACGCGCACUGCGCCCCGCGCUGCUCAUCGCCGCACUGCCUGACUUCGAGAUGCGCUCGCCCACCGCCGUGCACCUGCUGCUGGCGGCCGCGGCAGAGACGCACACGCGGGUCUUCUUCGACAUCUCAGACCACCUCGAGCUCUCCAGUGUGCCGCCCAGCAACGGCGUGCUACAGUACCUGGCGGAGCAGGCGCUGCCGCCCCAUGCAGGGGUCAUCUGCGGGCUGGUGCGCAACCAGGUGUAUAGCGACCUCGAGGUGGCGUUUGUGCUGGCGGAGUCGCGGCCGCUGCUGGCAUGGCUGGCGGGGAUGGGCGAGCUGACGUACUUCAGAGUGGCGCGCAUGAAGCAGCUCUACUACGGCUGCCUGCUCGAUGAGCUCCUCUCCUUCCAGAUCCCCGACCGCCACACCGUCGCUGAGCGGCCACUGCAGGACGACCCGCCGUCGUCCCCAUUCAUCUCCAUCCACCCCAACGCCGCACGCGCCUUCAACCACCCCACCCUGCGCACCCUCUCCCUCACCCACGCCCUCCCAUCACCCUCGCCCUCCUCCUCCUCCUCCUCCACCACCACCAGCAGCACAGCAGCAGCGCAGGCAGUGGCAGGCCCGACGGUGCGCAUGGACGUGGGGUCAGGCGCGCUGCCAGCGCCGUCCGUGGUGCAGCCGCUGGUGGUGGAGGCGUUCGUGCGGCAGCACCUCAGUGAUGCCGAGACCGACCCCCGCACUGAGAUCCUGCAUCUGCUGCACCGUGAGUUUGGGGUGAGGGCGGAGGGCACGACGGUGGUGACGGGGGACGGCUCGCGGGUGUUGUUUGUGCGCCUCAUGGCGGCCUGUGCUGCUGAGGGCGGCACGGCUGUGUUCCCAGCGGGCUCGUACGGCACGUGUCUGGCGGUGGCACGCCUGUGUGGCUGUGAGGUCAAGGUGCUGCCCGUCACCUCGGCUGAAGCGCGCUUCACACUCACUGCAGACCAGCUGGAGGCAGCGCUAGCAGGAGUCACGCGCCCGUGGCUGGUGCUGUCAGCGCCGGUGGUGAACCCCACGGGCGCGCUCUACUCUCCCACCCAGCUCGCCUCGCUGCUGGCCGUGUGCAUGCGCGUGGGCGCCCGUGUCAUCCUCGACUCCGCCUUCCACUCCCUCACCUUCCACGCCCAAUCCCACCUGCUCCUCGAACCCUACCUCGGCCGCACGGGGGAUGCCGUGGAUGGGGAGGGGGAGGGAGAGGGGGAGCAGAGGGAGAAGGCACACAGGCGCUAUGCGCUGGUGCUCAUGGGGGAUCUGUCGCCUCAGCUGUCCACUCUGGGCAUUCAGUUUGCCUACGUGGCAUUCUGGGAUUCGUCCUUCAAGGAGGCCCUCAGCACCGCUGUGCCACCUCAUCGCACGCUGCGCUUUGCUGUCAAGCGAAUGCUAUCCACCGAGGUGGCAGCAGAGCUAGCGGGUGAGAUGGCAGUGAGGCGUGAGCAGCUGCAGCAGAGGGCGGCCCAGCUCUGCCAGCAUGAAGGUCUGCGCGCACCCUCCCCACCCCCUGCUCCCUUCCCUCCUGCGCUUCUGCCGUUGCGCGCCUGCGCACACCUGAACGAGCGCACAGGGGUUUCUGCUUCCCGCGCCCAUACGUUCCAUCCAUUCCCCGCAGCCCCUCACCCUCCCGUCCCGCUUCCCCGUCUCCGCGCCACUCUUCCAACUGCCAGCAGCAGUGGCAGCGCGUGCGCGCAGCGGCUGGACACGCCGAGCAACGCGAUGGGCGCAGUGCUGCUGAGCGCGAGCAUAUUUGGGCUGAUCGGCGCGCUCGUGCACGAGGGGUGCCUCGAGUUCCUCUUCCUCUGCUGCUCCGCCGCCCUCACCCUCGCGCUUUUGGCAUACUCAGCGUUCGCCCUGGCAGUGGCAGCGCCGUCCCCCAGCGCCACGGUGGGCCCGUCAGGCCAGGCGGUGUAUGACGUGGCGGGCUUCUCGCCGUGGCUGCAGGGGCUGGUGGCGCAGCCUGAGGCGUGGGAGGCCAUGCGCACGUGCCUGCUCUCCAACAGCUCCUGCCCUGCCCUGCCACCAGCAUGGGGGGAUGCUGGGGGAGAGAUGGCAGGGAUACGCAAUAGCAGCAGGAACAGCAGUGGUAUUGCAGCUGGUACUGGUAGCUCUAACGCUCAAAGCCCAUCGGUCAUUCAGAGCGGGUGCUGCUUCCCGCCUCCCCCGUGCAGCAAGAAGAACACAGUAGCCCUUUCCACGUCACCUGCCCUGCCGCCUGGCCCAUCAGUCGCCCUCUUACCAGCAGCACCAGCAGCAACCUUUGUGGCAGAGUCACUGCACGCUGAGAACCAUUCUCAGCCAGCCGUCCCCAACUCUGCUGCUCACGCCAAUUCCACGGCCUUGUUAGAUUGCAGUGGAGCCGGCCCUGACGGUGGUGGGAGGUGUUUCAGCUGUGACACGUGCAAGGCAGCUCUCCUCAAAGUGGUGAGGGACGACCUCUCUCUCGCUGGCUGCAUGUGCCUAUCUGCUGCCUGCCUGCUGGUCGUGCUGCUGGGCGUGGGAGGGUAUGGCCGCCUGCUGUGUGGGCUGGCUGCCACGCGCCUUGCCGCAGGAGAUGGGGAAUUCAUCGUUGGCCUGCCGCAGCAUUUACUGCGCGCGUACCACUGCACUGCUGCGCCAUGCCAAUCAGGCACGAGCAGAGGCCGGACGGCCACGAUGAGGACGGAGAAGCUACUGACGGCGAUCGCCAACACGCUCAUCCUCUGCCUCGCUCUCGCCCUCAUCGGCGUAUCGCUGUACACCACGUGGAGCUCGCCGCCCAGCACGUGUCUGAUCGUGUACCAGACGCCGCUGAUGGCGAUCGGCGCGGCGCUGUUCAUCGGCGCGCUGGUGGGGCUGCUGGCGCUGGUGUGCGACAACGCGGGCCUCGUGUGCAUGCAGCUCACCGUCUCCUUCACCGCCAUGUGGGCCCUCCUCGCCUUCGCCACUCAGUCCCCGAGCCCCCACCUCCCCCUCUCCCCCCACAAACUGCCCUCCUUUCCCCACCCUCGGCCCGUCUUCCCUCCCCCUCCCGUAUUUCUCCACUUAUCGCUAUUCGCGCUGGUGGUGACGGGGCCGGGCGGCGCGUCAACGGAGAAGAGCCGCGGGUUCACGGUGUUCGAGCCGGCGCAGUUCAGCGCGUGGAUGCAACAGCAGGUCGCGGGGGACCGCUGGCCGCCGCUCGCCUCGUGCCUCAGCGGCGCGCGCACGUGCGGGGAUGUGCGGAACUACAUCGGGCGCAACCUCAAGAAAGUGCAGCUGUCCCCGCUCGAGGCGGGGUGCUGUCUACCCCCCCAGGGCUGUGUGCUGGGGGGCCUGAACAUGUCAGCGCCCGUGUACUACUCCUUCGCCUUCGACCUCCCCACCAUGCCCAAGCUCCCCCUCCCCUCCGCCGACGCUGCUCCCACGGUGCAGCGCGGCACGAGCAACUGCAGCGGGUUCAGUGCAGAGCCGACCCAGCUGUGCUACAGCUGCCCGUACUGCCAGGGCGGGCUGCUCUCGCUGCUGCGCGACAACCUGCGCAUGGAGGCCUUUGUGGCGCUCGGCGUCUUCAUUGCCGUCUUCAUGCUGCUGCUCAUCGCCUGCUUCGCCUACUGCGGCGCACGCCCCGAUGACGACGAGGAGACGGGCAAGGGCAAGAAGACGGAGAUCAGCCUGGCCAGGCAGCAGACGUUUGUGAUUGCGGAGCAGCCGGCAGCGCAGCUGCUGUCCGUGCCGACCUUCCAGCGCACGCUCACCAUGGGGGAUGGCGGCGGCGGGCGCGCGUUCAAUCGCAGUACGACUAUGUGUGCCAACAGCCGUGGUCGCGCUGCCGCUGCGGCGGCGUCCAACGCGCAGCUGUCGCGCACGCUGACACGCAUUGAGCAGGCUCUGGGGGCGGACCUGCAGCAGUUCAAACGCACCAACACCAUGGCAGGUGGUGGCGGGGGGUCGGAGCAAAGGGAAUUCAACCGCACACGCACGUUCCAGUCGAGUGCAGAUGGGUGCGCGGAUGGAGGGGUGGGGAGGGAUGCAGAGGGGCAGAAGGGGCGGCUGCUAGGGAGAAUAAACACCCUGGAGUCGUCAAAGGGGGCGAGAGGAGGCGAGCAUGGCACUCACCACAGCAACACGUCCAGGCGGGGCGAGGGCGGGUCGAGAGAGAAACUUUCACAGAGUGGGAGGGGCAGACACCGGGACUAUGAUGAGGAGAGUGCGAGAGACUCAGAUUACAUGUCAGAGGAAGAGGAGUACUAA